UACAGAUAUUAUGCGCAGCAAUCCACUACUCGCCAAGUACAUUCUCCAGUGCUCCCUCCACUCCCCCACACCCACCUCCCCCAAAAAAAGCUUCAUUCCUGGUAAGUUUUCCAGGGUAAACAAAACAUGGCCGCACUUUCCUCCACAGGUUUGCUCCAACCUCCAUCAGAAACAACGUCACCAAAGCAGCAGGAGGCGACUCCUGUGUCACCCCAGCCAAAAACCACAGCCCCGCUGCCACUUCGGGAAAUCCCCGGUAGCUACGGGCUUCCUUUCAUAGGACCAAUCAAAGACAGACUGGACUACUUUUACAACCAAGGAGAAGUCCAAUUCUUCAGCACCCGGGUGGAAAAGUAUAAAUCCACCGUAUUCAGAUCCAACAUGCCCCCUGGUCCUUUCAUUUCUUCCAAUUCAAAAGUUAUCGUCAUGCUUGAUGGAAAGAGCUUCCCUGUCCUCUUCGACAUUUCUAAAGUCGAAAAGAAAAACCUCUUCACUGGGACUUACAUGCCCUCCACUAAACUCACUGGCGGAUACCGUAUCCUCUCCUAUCUCGAUCCGUCCGAGCCAAAACACACCAAGCUUAAAAACCUCCUGUUUUUCCUCCUCUCCAACCGCAAAGACCAUGUCAUCCCCGAGUUCCAUAAAAGCUACACUGAACUGUUUGACAGCAUAGACAAGGAAUUUGCCGCUAAAGGCAGGGUCACGUUUGAGCAAGAUGGAGCAGCUUUUCGCUUCUUAGGUCGAGCCUACUACGGCGCCGACCCGGCAGACUCCAGUCUCGGCCAAGACGGGCCUAAGUUGAUCAACAAAUGGGUCCUUUUCUCUCUUCAUCCCAUUGCCUCACUCGGGCUGCCUAAGCUUAUUGAAGACCCUUUACUACACACCUUCCCCUUCCCACCCUGUUUGGUGCAAAAAGAUUACCGAAAACUCUACGAUUUUAUCAACGCGAACUCCACGUUCGUCCUGGACGAAGCUGAGAGAAAUGGAAUCGCACGUGAUGAAGCGGCCCAUAACCUCGUAUUUGCUACGUGCUUCAAUACCUUCGGGGGCAUCAAAGUCCUCUUCCCCAACCUGAUGAAAUGGAUCGGCCAAGCUGGAGUCGAACUCCACAAAAAAUUAGCCCAAGAAAUUCGAUCAGCUAUUAAGUCAGCCGGUGGCACUCUUACAACGCAAGCCCUCGAGAACAUGCCUCUGACGAAGUCGGUUGUCUACGAGACUCUCAGGAUCGAACCUCCGGUGCCUUACCAGUACGGGAAGGCUAAGAUUGAUUUGACUAUUGAGUCCCACGAUGCCAGUUUUGAGGUAAAGAAGGGGGAGAUGUUAUUCGGAUACCAACCCUUUGCGACCAGGGAUCCAGAGAUUUUUGAGAGGGCCGAGGAGUUUGUGCCGGACAGGUUCGUGGGUGGAGGGGAGGAGUUGCUGAAGUAUGUUUUGUGGUCUAACGGACCUGAAACGGAGAGUCCCACUGUCAACAACAAACAGUGCGCUGGGAAGGAUUUUAUCGGGUUCAUUUCGAGGUUGUUCGUGGUGGAGAUUUUCCGCCGUUACGACACUUUCGAAAUUGAGGUUAUGAAGGUUACGGCGCUGGGUUCUACUAUUGACAUUACCUCUUUAACGAAAGCAAGCUCCUGAACAUAGAACCUGAUGAAUUGGGGGCAGCAUACACCCUCAUUCCAAUGGAAUUUCAUUGUGGCCAAAUAAAAUAGGAAACACAUCAUGGAGAUGCAAAUAUUUGUGUUCUGCAGUCUUCCAUGCCCUCUUAUAGCAUUAAGAAAAGAGUGCCAAGUUCAAAUAAUAUUCUAGAGCGUUCAAGAGCAGCAUAUGUACCUGUAUUUGGUUGCAAGCUAAAUUUUGGCUUUGUUUGUAUUAGCGGUUUUUUGAGUUGUUUUUAAAAUAUUUUAUUAUAA